AUGCCACAGGACCCCAAACUCCUAGCUUCCGCCGUCCCGAGAGUCGGUGUCGGCGUCUUCAUCGUCCACCCACACCCCGCCUCACGCCCCUCCAAUCCACGCUCCAGGCCUGGGCGGCUGAAAGGGUGGAAAUUCCUAAUGGGCGAACGCCUCGGCUCUCAUGGAUCCGGCACUUGGGCCCUACCAGGAGGCCACUUGGAGUUUGGCGAGACGUUCGAAGAAUGCGCAGCCCGCGAAGUCCUCGAGGAGACGGGACUGAAAAUCCACCAGAUCGAGUUUCUUACCGCAACGAACGAUGUCAUGCCUGGUGAGGGAAAGGCCGGGGAGAAGCACUAUGUCACGGUCUUCAUGACGGCACCAGUGGCCGACGAUAUCCUGAAAAUAAUGCCGGAAGCGAAGGUCAUGGAGCCGGAUAAGUGUGCUGGGUGGGAGUGGGUAGAUUGGGGGAGUCUGGGGCACUGGGCGGGACUUCAAAGGGGGAGGCGUUUGUUCUCGCCGAUGGUGGAUUUGUUUGAGCAGCGGCCUGAUGUUGUUCCUUGGACAGAAUGA